AUGCAUUUCACGUCAUUCAUUCUUCCCGUGUCGCUGGUUGUCGGUGCAUUGGCAACUCCAGUCCCGAGUCCGCUCGAGGCAUUCAAGCGCGCAGGUCCAGCCGCCGGACAAGUCAUUACCAAGUGCUCGUCGUCUGGGAUGCUUGCUUUGGCCUUCGAUGAUGGUCCCUAUCAGUACACUCAAACGCUUGUGAACACGCUAAACGCCGCAGGAGCAAAAGCGACGUUUUUUGUCACUGGCACUUUAUAUGGUUGCAUUCAUAACCAGGCUGCUGCCGUCAAAGCAGCCUACAACUCUGGCCACCAAAUCGCCUCUCAUUCGUGGAGCCACCCGUCCAACUUUGGGUCUUUGAGCACGGCAGAUCUCACAACCCAGAUGCAAAGGCUCGAAGGCGCGCUUAGGACGAUCAUUGGAAAGAAGCCGACGUACAUGCGCCCUCCGUAUCUAGCUACUGGGGGAAACGUCUUGAGCACGAUGAGGACGCUUGGCUACCGCGUUAUCACUGACGAUGUUGAUUCGGGAGACUGGAAUGGCUUGAGUGCCGCACAGAGUCAAGCCAGGUUCACGCAAGCUGGUGCUGGUGGCCAAGGGCACAUUCCGCUUAUGCAUGAGGUGUAUGCGUCCACCGUCAAUACUCUCGUUCCAUGGUUGAUCAAUUGGGCGAAGCAAAAUAACCUCAGGCUCGUCACUGUCGCUGAAUGCCUCGGAGAUGCUGGAGGGGCUUAUACUACGCCUACCGUCGCUGCGACGAGUUCUUGUUGA